UGCUGUUUCUCACUGGAAGAACUGCAUCCUCAAGCACCUCCUGAGCCUAGUCUGCUACUGGCCAAUGAGCAAGGAGAUGUGCUGUGACCCCUCCAGCCACAGGCAUGUUAUGCCUUGGUAACUUUUCCUAACACCUGAAGCCACCUGCCUUGCCAAACUCUUCAGCAACUGUGGCUAGGCUGGGGCAGUGAGCUGGGCGGAGUAAGGAGGCUAGGCCCAGCAGCUGAGCCAGGUCUCCUUGGGGCAGGGGAUCUGCCUGGCACAAAACGUGGCCCCAACCUCUGUCCUAAUCUUGGAGGGAGACGGACUCUUUCUUGCUGCUUCCUGAUCAUAUGAGGCAAAGAUGGCACCACCGUGUGGCUUCAGCAGGAAUGGGAGGGGCCACCAUCAAAUGAUUGCGCGAUGCUCCCGCCGUCACUGGAGCAGCGUUUUCCUCUCCUCCACCCCUUAGUUUUCUGCGAGAGCGAUGGUUAUCACGUGUCCCAAAUAUGGCGGCGCCCUAAUCGCUUCUACCCCUGUAGGUGGACUUCCGGGAGUGGCCGGAAGUGAGCGCCGCCAUCUUGUUUCUGUGGUUUUGGAGGAACAGUUGGUUUCCGCUGGGAGCUGCGCUGUUUUGUUCCUCCUGGCCCUUCCGCCCUGCUCCGCGUUGAGUUUGCGUGGGUGAUUCCUGAGAGCAUUGCAGGCUGGAAGUGCAACCUCCUGCCAUGGUGAAGAUCUUCGUGGGAGGGGUCUCCCCUUCUGUCACAGUGGAUGAGCUGAAGAAGCUCUUUGAGCAGUAUGGACAGGUGAACGAGUGUGACAUCCUGAAGAACUUCGCCUUUGUGCACAUGGAGAAGGAGGACGAGGCCCACAAGGCCAUCAGUGAGCUGCACAAGCAGGAGUUCUACGGGGCCAACCUGACGGUAGAGUACGCCACCUCCAAGAUCCGUAACGCCACCAAGAUCUACGUGGGCAAUGUCUCCAGCAAGGCCACCACAGCCCAGAUCAAGGAGCUCUUUGAGAAGUUUGGCAAGGUGGUGGAGUGUGACAUUGUCAAGAACUACGCCUUUGUCCACAUGGCCAAGGAGAGGGAAGCCAUGGACGCCAUCUUGAACCUCAACGACAUGCCUCUGGAGGACCAGAAGAUCUUUGUAACACUAUCCAAGAGCAACAACUCGCUCAAGACAACCAAGGGGACCUCUGUGCCACCUCCACCACCUGCACUGCCCAGUUACUACUUCCCCAGGGGGCGCAUCCCCCCCCCACCGUCUCCAUAUACCCCAUAUGCAACCCGAUCUUGGUAUGACCGGGAAUAUUACGACCGCUUUGCUUAUGAGCUCUACGACAGGGCGAUGACUGCCAGGACCGUAUACGAGAGGGCCUUGCCACCUCCACCCUCUACCUCCACCGCCUACAGAGAGAGGAGCCCUGUGGGCAGGCGGACGACUGCUGCGGUGGCCCAGUAUACUGAUCCUUACGCUGCUGCGGCUGCCGCCCAGACAUACAGCCAAGUGUACAACCAAACAGGUUAUGCAGCAGUGGCGGCUGCAGCUGCAGCAGCAGCUACCUACUCCCAGUACAGCAUGGGUGCCACCUACAGUGCAGGGGAGUACUAUGAGAAAUACAGCAACGGCUAUGCCACUCAGUAUGCCCAGACGUACUAAUCUCACUGUGCUCAUAGUACCCGGUGCUCGGAGGCGUAAGGGGGAAAGGGAUCUCGGCUGCAAAGGUGCAGGCAGAGCUGAUUCAAGACAGCGCAAUGCCUUUAACC